UAUUUUACUUCAUAUUCUAAUUAUUUAAUGGUUUAUUUUAUUUUGAAGCUUAAAUGGAAAGUGAAGAAAUCUCUUCAGAGUGCUGCGGAUCAGGAUGUACCAAUUGUAUUUUAGAUCAGAUAAUUCGAUCCCAAAAUCUAAUUCGGAAUGUUGACGAAUCAAGUAUACUUCCCAUUGGUUACUACAGGGCAUUCAAGUGCACUCUCAUAGAGCAGAUUAUGGAUAAUACUUUCCUGUUUCGGUUUAGGCUCGUGCCUACUGAUGAAGAACAGCAGAAGCAGUUGAUAGUUGCACCGGGUAGCCAUUUGAUGUUGCGCAUCUUCAAAAAUUGGCGGUUCGCGAAUAGACCAUUUAAUAGCAUAUUUUCAAAAUGGAGAAGCUCGAUGGCGCAAUUCAAGAACACGGAAACACGUGAUCGGCGAAGAGUUGUUGAAAAGCAUGAUAAGACUGAACUUGAUUUGUAUCUAAGCCGUCCGUAUACUCCAAUUAGAGUGAAUUGUGACGAAAAAUCGUUCGAUGUACUGAUUAAACUGGAAUCUGGCGGAGAAAUGUCGGAAUAUUUACUUACGUUACAUACCGAUGAUGUUACGGAAUGGAAAGGUGCCUACACUGGAUUCUUUUGGAAGAGGAAUAUGCAUAAACAUUUAUUUGGUUUCGUACAGGGAGUUGGAUUGGCCCCUGUUUACUCAAUCAUGGCGAACAUUUUGAACGAUGAAGAGGAUGAAACACUGUUAAAUCUGUGGUACUGCUGUAAGGACAUGGAUAGCAUUCUGCUAAGAUCAGAUCUGCAAGCUAUGAGUCACUAUUGGAAUUUCAAAUCGGUAAUUUACCUAUCUCGAGAGAAAUGUUCAUGUGGAGGUAGAACUAGUCGAAAUUGCUUAUGUUUGUCAUCGAAGAAAAGAUAUAACGAACAGAUAUUCAAUCACAGAUUGGAAAAGCAAGAUAUACAAAAUUUAUUAGAAAAAGUCGCGCCGGAUUCCGUUCAGGUCCUGAUCUGUGGGAACGAAUCCUUCGCCGAGUUAAUAGUAGCGUGUAUAACAGAAUUACAUAUAGAGAAUUAUUACAAAUUUUAACAAUAAAGUACAAAGAUUUAAGUCUACGCCUUUCUU